GGCAACCCUGAGCACUAACCCCGAGUCUGUGAAGCAACAUGGCGGCGGCUGCUGCUGGGUCUGUGUGGCGGUUUGUCCGGUCCGCCUCAUGUAGCAUUAGCAGAAGUAAAGGUUUAAUAUUAACCAGAGUGCAGAGAAGAGGAAUCGCAGCCUGCAUUGAUCCUUCUGUAGGUCUCACAGAUGAGCAGAAAGAAUUCCAGAAAGUGGCGUUUGAUUUCGCUGCCAAUGAAAUGGCACCACACAUGGCACAAUGGGACGAGAAAGAAAUCUUUCCCGUGGAAACCAUGAGAAAAGCAGCCCAGCUCGGGUUUGGGGGAAUUUACGUGCAGCCGGACGUUGGGGGCUCGGGACUGUCUCGCCUCGACACGUCCAUCAUCUUUGAAGCUUUGUCCACUGGCUGUGCGAGCACCACGGCCUACAUCAGCAUUCAUAAUAUGUGCGCCUGGAUGAUCGACACAUUCGGUAAUGAUGAGCAGAGAGAGAAGUACUGUCCUGAUCUCUGCUCCAUGGAGAAGUUCGCCUCCUACUGUCUGACUGAGCCUGGGAGUGGAAGUGACGCAGCGUCGCUGUUAACCAGCGCAAAGUUGCAAGGAGACCAUUACAUUCUGAACGGAUCCAAGGCCUUCAUCAGUGGUGGAGGAGAUACAGAUGUGUAUGUAGUGAUGUGUCGUACUGGUGGGAAGGGCCCCAAGGGCAUCUCCUGUCUGGUGGUGGAGAAAGGAACUCCAGGACUCAGUUUUGGCAAAAAGGAGAAGAAGGUCGGUUGGAACUCGCAGCCCACGAGAGCAGUAAUCUUUGAAGACUGUGCGGUUCCGGUGACUAAUCGGCUGGGAGCAGAGGGAGAGGGCUUCAACAUCGCCAUGCGUGGCCUCAACGGGGGCAGAAUUAACAUUGCUUCCUGCUCUCUAGGAGCUGCUCAUGCGUCUGUCCUGCUGGCCCGAGAUCACAUACGUGUGCGCAAACAGUUUGGGGAACCUCUUGCAAACAGCCAGUUCCUGCAGUUUAAGCUGGCUGAAAUGGCCACGAAGCUGGUAGCGUCUCGGUUGCUGGUGCGUCAGGCGGCUGUUGCUCUGCAGGAGAACAGACCAGACGCAGUGUCACUCUGCUCCAUGGCAAAACUCUUCGCCACUGAUGAAUGCUUUGCUAUAUGUAACCAGGCUCUGCAGAUGCAUGGCGGAUAUGGCUACCUCAAGGACUACGCAGUACAGCAGUUUGUUCGGGAUAUCCGAGUGCAUCAGAUAUUAGAAGGAACCAAUGAAGUGAUGAGGAUGAUCAUUUCCAGAAGCUUACUGACAGAGUUGUGAUCAUGAAAUCAAGACCUCAAGCUUGUCAUGGAUUCUGUUACAAUAGAAGCAACUAAUCGAUAAUGAAUCACAUAAUGAGUGAGAAGCUGGACAGAAUCUUACUGUUUGUAGUUAGAAAUAUAUCGAAAUAGUGUUUUUUUGUUGUAUAUUCUCAAUCAUGUGUACUGCUCUAAUAAGACAUGCAGUAGAACACAUUUCCCACAAAGAAAAUCAAAUGUUUGAUUACA